AAAUUCAGAAACUUGUGUACAAUUGAUCAAGGAUCGUAUUGAUUCAAAAAAUUCUUGUGAAUCGAUACAAAACUUAUCUGUGUUUCAACUCUUUGUGUUUCUUUGAAGGUGGUGUACGGCUCCAAGAGCAUGGCCUUCUCCUCCUACGGCGCAUAUUGGCGGCAGCUGCGCGAGAUCUUCACCACCCGUCUGCUCAGCCUCCGCCAGAUCGAAUCAUUCAGACAUGUCAGAGAAAGCGAGACGUUUGCCAUGGUUGACGGACUCUUUCAGAACUGUAAAUCCGCCGCCGCCGCCACUCCUGUUAAUGUUAGCAGGCUGGUGGGCUUGCUUACUAAUAACAUGAACUGCCGUAUGGCGUUUGGAAGAAAGUUUUCGGAAGAGGAGAUUGAUAACAGAGGAUUCAAGGACAUGAUUCAGGAGGUUUUUUAUCUCGGUGGUGCUUUUAAUGUGGGGGAUUUUAUUCCUUGGUUGCAGUGGAUGGAUUUGCAGCGCCUUGUGCGCCGCCAGAAGGAGGCUCAUAAGACUUUUGACGCCUUCAUUGAGAAAGUUAUACGUGAGCAUGAGUUGCAUGGCGAUCGAGACGAGUUUCAUGCAGAUUUCGUCCAUGAAUUGCUUGCCCUCACACGACUUGAUGAUGAUGACGAGAUGAAAAUUACAAGGGAAACUGUCAAGGCUAUCAUUUUUGAUGUUUUGGUUGGUGGAAGUGGCACUUCAACAGUGGCAUUGGAGUGGGCAAUGUCUGAAAUAUUGUUGAACCCUUCAAUUGUGAAGAAAAUACAAGAAGAGUUAGAUAGGGUGCUGGGACCUCAACAUAAAUAUGUAGAGGAGUCAGAUCUUCCACAACUAGAGUACUUGAUGGCCGUGGUGAAGGAAUCAUUGAGAGUCCAUCCACCAGUGCCUCUACUUAUUCCACAUGAAUGCAUGGAUGAUUGCACUAUUUUUGGUUAUGAUAUUCCUAGUAAGUGUCGUGUAAUAGUGAAUAUUUGGGCCAUUAAUAGAGAUCCUACUAUAUGGGAGAAGGCUGAUGUGUUCAAACCAGAGAGAUUUGUUGGCAACCCCAUUGAUGUCAAAGGCCAAAAUUUUGAGGUUCUACCCUUUGGAUCGGGUAGGAGAGGAUGCCCGGGUCAACUUCUAGGAUUUACUGUUGUGGAGCUUGCCUUGGCAAAUCUAUUGCAUUGCUUCGACUGGAGACUUCCAUAUGGAAUGAAUCCAAAUGAUUUAGAUAUGGUAGAGCAAUUUGGGUUGUCCACACCAAGGACACAAAAUCUCUUUGCUAUUCCCAUCCCUCGUCAAAAAGUAUACGCAUUAUUCUAAGUUAAAAAGUAUGAUGUUGCAUAUCUUAUUAAGAAUAUACAUAUAAUAAUAAAUUCCUUAAUAUGUGAUCUUUA